AUGGCUCCCCUCACUGUUGAGCUGUCCACACCUGUUACUGGUAACUACCAGCAGCCCAUCGGCCUCUUCAUCGACGGCAAGUGGACCGAGGGUGUCGACAAGCAGAAGUUCGAGGUCAUCAACCCCUCCACCGAGGAGGUCAUCACCUCCGUCUGCGAAGGUACUGAGAAGGAUAUCGACUUGGCCGUUACUGCUGCUCGCAAGGCUUUCGACGGCGAAUGGAAGAACACCUCACCUCAGGCUCGAGGCAACUACCUUCUCAAGCUUGCCGACCUUGCUGAGAAGAACCUCGAUCUCCUUGCUGCUGUUGAGUCUCUCGACAACGGAAAGUCUAUCACCAACGCCCGUGGUGAUGUCGGUGCCGUUGUUGGCUGCCUGCGAUACUAUGGUGGUUGGGCCGACAAGAUCGAGGGAAAGACCAUUGAUAUUGCCCCUGACAUGUUCCACUACACCCGAUCUGAGCCUAUUGGUGUCUGCGGUCAGAUCAUCCCCUGGAACUUCCCUCUUCUUAUGUUGGCAUGGAAGAUUGGCCCUGCCCUGGCCACUGGUAACACUAUUGUCAUGAAGACUGCUGAGCAGACUCCUCUCUCUGCCCUGGUUUUCACUCAGUUCAUCGAGCAGGCUGGUUUCCCUGCUGGUGUUUUCAACCUUGUUUCUGGCUUCGGCAAGACUGCCGGUGCUGCUCUCUCUGCCCACAUGGACGUUGACAAGAUCGCUUUCACUGGUUCCACCGUCAUUGGCCGACAGAUCAUGAAGUCCGCUGCUUCCUCUAACCUCAAGAAGGUCACCCUUGAGCUUGGUGGCAAGUCUCCCAACAUCGUCUUUGACGAUGCUGAUAUUGAGGAGGCUAUCAACUGGGUCAACUUCGGCAUCUACUACAACCACGGCCAGUGCUGCUGUGCUGGUACCCGUAUCUUUGUCCAGGAAGGCAUCUACGACAAGUUCCUCGCUGCCUUCAAGAAGCGAGCUGAAGAGAACAAGGUCGGCGAUCCUUUCAAUGAGGAGACCUUCCAGGGCCCCCAGGUCUCUCAGCUUCAGUACGACCGCAUUAUGGGUUACAUUAAGGCUGGCAAGGACGAGGGUGCUACCGUUGAGACCGGUGGUGAGCGCCUCGGCAACAAGGGUUACUUUAUCAAGCCCACUAUCUUCUCCAACGUACGUCCCGACAUGAAGAUCAUGCAGGAGGAGAUCUUUGGCCCUGUCUGCGCCAUUUCCAAGUUCAAGGAUGAGAAGGAGGUCAUUGAUCUUGCCCACGAUACCGCCUACGGUCUCGCUGCCGCCGUCCACACCAAGAACCUCAACACAGCUCUCCGAGUUUCCAACGCAUUGAAGGCCGGCACUGUCUGGGUGAACUGCUACAAUAUGCUCCACCAUCAAUUGCCUUUUGGCGGCUACAAGGAGUCUGGAAUUGGUCGGGAAUUGGGCGAGGCUGCGUUGGCGAACUACACACAGAACAAGUCUGUUGCCAUUAAGCUUCCGCCUGACGCUUUCAACAGCUCGGUCGACCCCAGCGCUCCCUGCCUUACUAGUAUUCCUUCAGUUUCAGGAUCCCACCACACGCCUCACGAACUUCAUGGGCCGGACCCCAAUCUCAAUAGCCAAAGCGACUCACUCUGCCCGCGAAUUGCCCUGGACGAGAGCCAACUGCUCUGCAGCCUGCUUUUCAUGCUUAGCGCCAUGAGCCACCAAACGGCCAAGCAUAUUCCCAGUGUAUGCCAUAUAACCGACUUCAAGUGGCUAUUUCAUCCCCGACAAGGCGAUGAUGACGGAGCACUUGUGGAUGCCGCAGUUUUCAACAAGAUAUUCAUCGAUAUCGAGAAAUUCAGGGACGCCAUAGUCACUGACGAUAGUGCAUAUUUCGAAACACUGCCUCCAAAACUGGACAGCCUUCGCCGACACGGACGUGGGGCUUUGGUCCUCAACAACUGGAAGGACGGACAGUGUAGCUUUGUGGAGCACAAGCGUACAAAGUUCAACGACAGGAACAUUAUGUUUUUACCUUAUAAAGCCGUUACUGCCGCCCUUAUAACGGUCAAACAGAACCCCCCCUUAGCCCCGAAACCACCAGGGAGGCGUUUGUCUGCGCCGCUAGUAUCGACAAGCUCGUCCAAUAAGCCAUCUACCGGCAUACUUGGUAUGGCCGUUAAGGCGCUCAUCGCCGAAGAAACCCAACACUUUUUUUUUUACCAUUCCGCCGAGUUUAUUCCCCAAGUCCUUGAAGAUGGCGAUAGCGAGGCCGGAGAGGACCACCAGCCAGCCCAAACGAUGGUACCAGUCAAUCGCGGCAUCGACCUUGCUAGUGAGGACGUUGGUUUCCUCCUUGAGACCAGCUCGAACACCAAAACAAACAGCUAUCAACGCAAUCAGGAGACAUCCUUCGCCGACAACAGCAAAACCUGGCCGAGAAUCGAUAAGCUAGAGACAAUGGAAUGUUAUGACAUUCGGGCGACUGGUGCAUCUAGCAACAUGUGGUCUGGGAUAUCUCGAUUGAGGCAACCUUCCGCGCGUUCCACAAAGCCAGUGCCGAUGUCUUUGAACCCGGAACGCCAGAUCCUCAAGGGCAACGCCAGUACCAACUACUCGCAAGGUAAUUCAGCAAAUCCAAUCUCAUUGGUGCGAACUUGGACGACAGGAGCCCCUGGUCCAAAAGCUGGCCGAAGCCCACGCCCUUGA